AUGACGCGACUAUCAGAACCGCAAGACGACAGUGAUCUCGCGAUAUCAAACCCGCAAGAGCCACAAGUAACGUUACCGGACGAAAAAAUCGACACGAAAAUCGAACCUCUCGAACCGCUUCCCACGAAACGAGGAUGGAGGUUCUGGCUCAUCUUCCCAGGCUUAUGUUUUGCGAUUCUACUAGCCGCGCUUGAUACUGCAAUCGUAGCUACCGUUCUGCCAACUAUUGCCGCCGAACUUAACUCUGGUUCUUUGUUCAUUUGGGCAAUCAAUGGAUAUUUCGUUGGUAUUGCGGCUGUUCAGCCCAUGUAUGGCCAAUUUUCUGAUAUCUAUGGACGGAGAUGGCCUAUGCUUAUAUCGGUCGCGAUUUUUGCCCUCGGCAGUGGAUUGUGUGGAGGUGCUACUUCGACUGUGAUGCUUAUUGCUGCGAGAGUUGUGCAGGGUCUUGGUGCCGGAGGGAUAUUUGCGUUAGUAGAAAUCAUUGUGGCGGAUCUUGUCCCGUUACGAGAGAGACAACAAUUCAUGGCAGCCAUUCAAGCAUUCUUUGCAUUGGGAACAUUCGUCGGCCCUGUUAUCGGUGGAACAAUUGUGACGCACUCUUCUUGGAGAUGGGUAUUUUAUAUAAAUCUUCCCGUUGCUGGAGUUGCGCUGGUACUGCUCUUCAUCUUCCUACAAAUGCACCACAAGCGCGAAGGUACAAGAUUACAAAGAAUGCUUAGAGUUCACUAUCUAGGCCAUAGUAUUCUGAUAGCAUCCGUCGUGGUAAUUUUGAUCCCUCUGACUUGGGGAGGCACCAAAUACAGUUGGUCAUCCUACCGAGUCUUGGUACCGCUUUUCCUUGGAUUCGCGGGUUUGUUCAUCUUCGCUGCAUACCAAGUAUACGUUGCCAAAGACUUAGCUUCAGUCCCCCCUCGUUUGUUCGGAAACAGCGUAUCAACACUUGCCUUUGUCAUGACUUUAAUUCAUGGUAUCUGCAUGUCAUGGCUCAGUUUCUUCCUUCCGGUAUAUUUCCAAGUCCUACUCGAAGUUACCCCGGAAAUGUCUGGAGCCUAUCUCCUCGCCACCGUUAUCCCCCUCAUGCCAGCAGCAAUGUUUGGCGGCUGGUACAUUACCAAGACCGGUCGCUAUAAGCCCGCUCUCAUUGCAGGAUGGGUUUCCUUCUCGCUAGCCGCUGGGCUCUUUACCACCCUCGACAGCACAUCAUCGCCUGGUAAAUGGAUAGUUUUCCAAGCUUUCGGCGGAAUUGGCGGCGGUCUGAUUCUCACUACUACAAUCCCAGCAAUCCAAGGAUCCCUAGAAGAAAAAGACGUCGGACUAGCAACAGCAAUUUGGUCUUUCGUACGAUCACUAGGUACAAUUUGGGGAGGAGCAAUUCCUGCGGUGAUAUUCAGUUCUAGGUUUGAUGAAUUGUCCUACCGUAUUAGCGAUCCAGCAGUCCGAUCACUCCUAGAACGCGGUGGAGCUUACGAACAUGCCAUUGCAUCUUUUACACAGUCUUUUAACGACAACCCGAUAUUGAAGGCUCAGAUCAUUGAUGUUUAUACCGAAGCACUCAAGCGAGUAUGGCAGGUUCUGAUUGCGUUUACUUUGGCAGGUGUGCCUCUUUCGAUAAUUAUUAAGGAGGUUGAGUUGAGGACGACGUUGGUCACAGAAUAUGGGUUGAAGGUCAAAGAGAAAGACGAGGAUGGAGUUUGA